UAAAAUGCAAAUCCACCACCAACAAAUCACAAAAAACAAAAAUAAUACUAAACCUUUUGUUGGUUGUUCCUUCAGUUUUUGUACAAAUUUUAUAAAAUUAAGUAAUGAAAGAAUUUCUAAAUUUAUUUUUAACAAUACAACAACAACAAAAAUUAAAAGGGUAAUAUCAACUAAAUCAGAACCCCCAAAAUGUCCAGCAAUUGGGUUAUUCCCUCCCUUAAGUGAAAAUACAAAUUAUAUUCCAAUAAGUGGAAAACAGCUUUGUUGGGAAAUUAAACAAUUAAUUAAUAAUACAGAAUUGGCUAUAAUUAGAUUAGAACAAUUAAAUACACAAAGUAAUUUAUUUAAAGAAAUUAAUGAAAGUAUUGAAAAUAUUGGGGAGGAAAAUGUUUUGGUUAAACAAUUUGUUCUUCAAGUUAAAGAAUUAUUUGAAUUGGCAAAGAAGAUUGAAAAGGAAAAUAUGUCAAUUAUUGAAUGUUUAUUUUAG